AGAGGCAGACGGCGAGAAAGAGGCACUCAGAGAGAGAGAGGCCAUCGGAGAGAGAGAGGCAGACGGCGAGAGAGAGGGACUCUGAGAGAGAGAGGCCAUCGGAGAGAGAGAGGCAGACGGCGAGAGAGAGGCACUCAGAGAGAGAGAGGCCAUCGGAGAGAGAGAGGCAGACGGCGAGAGAGAGGGACUCUGAGAGAGAGAGGCCAUCGGAGAGAGAGAGGCAGAUGGCGAGAGAAAGGCACUCAAUGAGAGAGAGGGACUGGGAGAGAGAGAGGCCAUCGGAGAGAGAGAGGCCAUCGGAGAGAGAUAGGCACUCAGAGAGAGAGAGGCACUCAGAGAGAGAGAGGCACUCAGUGAGAGAGAGGGAAUGGGAGAGAGAGAGGUUGUCAGAAACAGAGAGGCCGUCGGAGACAGAGAGGCCGUCGGAGACAGAGAGGCCGUCGGAGACAGAGAGGCCGUCGGAGACAGAGAGGCCGUCGGAGACAGAGAGGCCGUCGGAGACAGAGAGGCCGUCGGCGAGAAAGAGGCAGACGGAGACCUAUGACACGUACAUAAGACCCCGUUACCCUGUACAGAGGUGUCCAGAGUUGAGAACUGAAGAGAGCUGGCAGAGAGCAAAGGAGAUGUAUAUGAAGUCUGUCAUUGAACACACAGAAUCAAGGAGAGCAGGAAAUGAUGUGAUGACAGAACUUCAUCAUCUGAUGAACGCAGUUGCCGGGCAGCGUUACGGUCAUCAGUCAGGACGUGAUGGAACUCACUGGCAGCACCCAGCUGAUCUCACCCGGAGAAACUAUUGUGUCAGAGGUCGGUUGCUGUCUCUCAGCGAGUGGCAGAAGAGAAAUCAUCUCGAUUUCAAACGCUUCGUCAAAGUGCCUGAUAUUUUCCACAGGAGCGCAGUGCUCUGAUAGAGAUAUAUCUGUGUAUCUGUAUAUAAAUCUGUUGUCUGUGUUAGAAAUCGUACAUGUUUAUCUUUGCUGAGACGUUUGAAGAA